AUGAGUGACCAACUGUCAAGUGAUGAAAGGGGAGAAUCCAGGCCAGUUGGUGAGAGCUACGUCGAAGAGUUUCAAGCUCACCUUGACAAUCUGGCUUGCGGCGACUCUGUUGAGAAUUACAGUCGUGAUUUCCUGCAAGACAGGUCUCCUGCUCUGAGUGCGAGUUUUGACCCCAGUGACUUCGAGGAGGUACAAUGGUACUCAAAGGCGAAUCUGUCUGACAAGGGUAGCGAUCUCCCUCCUGGUUCUCUGACAGCAGAGGAGACUCCGAGGCAUGUGCCCUCGCAGGGCUCUGGCAUACCGGGGUCUUCUUCUGAUGAUCGUGUAUUCAAUGUUCCAGCUGCCGUGGCUUUUGCACAUCAGUCUUUACCCACUGCAGGUCUGGAGCAGUGCUGGGAGAAGGGGAUUUGGGCGGACAUUUUUGGAUCGCCAAAGGAUUUGUUUCAUGGAAUGCAUGGUUCUGUGUAUAAGAGACCGGAGGCCGUGCUUUUCGAAAGUGAUUCUUCGCGCUUGAAGGCUGCCAAGACUUCUGGUUCGGCAGAUAAAUCUGGCGGAAGUUUUACUUAUCUGAAUGCAGUUAAAGACCGUGAAGCGGUAAGCUGGAAGGCCAAGAGGGACAAGGAGCGGUCAGAGGCUCUUUACCUCUGGCAGGGGCUCAUUGAGUCUUGGCCCGCCAAGCUGGCCGUGAUUCGGCAACUUUUGGACCUGGGGCAUUUGCCUAGAUAUUUCAUGGUUGAAGAUUUACUUGGUGGCAAGGCGCCCGCUACUUUACGCAAGCGGUACAGGUCUCUGCUGGGUUACAACAACUUCUUGAGUGACCGAGGGUUGGGUUUUCCUGGAUCGGAGGAGAUCUUUUACCAGUACCUGUGUGGUAUGCGGGAGGCAGGCAGGCCUGCUUCUGCUCGGAAGGCAGUUCUUGAAGCCAUCACGUUCACGAGAUUUGUGGUUGGGAUUCCGGAACUUGCUGAGCUGGGUGAGAGCAAGCGCUGCCACGGCAGCGCGAAGCAGCGAGAUUUCAAGGCUCGGGUCCAGGCCUCUCCCUUUACAGUGGCCGAGCUGACCAAGCUUCACUAUAUUCUCGCUAAUGAUUCUGAGCUGUGGAACAGGCUGAUGGCCGGCGCCCUCCUUUUCGCAACUUACGGCAGGGCUCGCUGGGAGGAUUUGUCCCACGCAGAGUCCAUUACUGUGGAUCGUGGAGAGAAUGGCGAGGCGGCUUUCAUAGAGGCCGGUGUGGGAGUCCACAAGACAAUGGGUGCCAAACUCAUGCGGGGGCAGCUGUUGCCCAUGGUGGCGCCUGGUGUGGGUGUUACCGAAGACUUGUGGAUAGAACAAUUUAUGGAAACAAGAAGAUUGCUGGGAAUUGGUGAGCCGCCGCUUUUCCCUGUGAUGCCGGCGCCAGAUCACCAAGGAUUCCCCACUGUUCGGAGUCUUGAGUCCGACGAGGCGGGGUCUUGGGCUAGGCUGUUGCUUUUCGGGAGCGCGGACCCGAUUCCGGACAGGCGCGUGUCGAGCCAUUCUUGCAAGUGCACUUGCAUUAGCUUUGCGACCAAGUUCGGGGCAAGUCCGAAUGAGUGCCUUGAGGUUCGUGGUGAUGGCUCACUCACUGCGGGGCUGUCCACUCAAGGCGUCAAAUCUUUCCGCUCGCUUGCCUUCGCUCUUGGAACCCCUCAAAGCCCACCGACCGAGGAUGCCUUUAGAGAGCUUGCGAAACUUGUGUAUGCGACUGGCGAGCCGACUGUAGGUGAGUUGUCCAGCAUCAGGCAGCUUCACUUUGAGGCGUCUACUUUGGUUAUUCAGACUUAUAGGGACAUGGUGUCGCAUGAUUCAUCAGAUGGUGCACCGAUGAGAAAGCUUCCGCUGCCAGAGAAGCGGGCACGUAAGGAAUCUCAGCAGUCUAGGCUGGGAGGCAUAGACAUGGACGGAGAGCUCGACCCGUCUUAUCAGUUGAUUGAUGCUUGCAAUCAUCAGAUGGAGAAUGCAGUGAUUUACUGGCUUGCACCUUCUAAAUGCCCAAAGCGUGAGCAAGAGGUGAUCGCAGGUUUCAAGGAAAAGCCGAGCACCCUCCAAGUCGAGAACAACACUGUCAAGGUUGGAGGUCCGAGUGUCUCUGUGGAGUGCGAUACUACGGAUUCUUUGCGUUGUCAGUGGGCUUGGAUGCGAAGGGGUCUUGCUUAUGAUCAGUGCAGAAUGCUUUCUUACAAUGUUCAUCAGAAGUGGAUCCAGAGGCUCCUGGACUGCUUGUCACAGGUCCCUCCUCCGAAUUUCGCACCAGUUACUUUGACGCAGUGUGUCAGGGCAGACAAGGAGAUGUUCCUGCUCAUGUCACAGGAGGGCCUUCAAUCCUUCAAGCCGGGGCCGUCAGGUGUUCCACCUCUUGAUGCAGUCAUGUCCCGUUUAGCCUUCGAUCAGCGCAUCACUCAGUUCUUGCUUCCUAUGCAGAAGUCGCAGGUCGUGAGGGUUGCGCCAACAAAGGUGACGGAGGAUGACAAACCGUCUGUGCCUCCCAAGGUGCCACGCGUUGCGACUGAGAAGGCUAAGGCUAAGGCGAAAGCGCGAGGAGGCCCGAAGAACAAGCCGGCCGCCUUGGCAGCAUAUGAUACCAGGACCAAGUUUGGCAACGCGUGCUGGGGUUUCAAUCUUCCCGAUGGCUGCUCUAACAAGACUGAGAAGGAUCCGAAGUCAGGCUUUCAGAAGUGUGACAAAGGAGGGGAAGUGGCAGAAAGUUUUCACCUUGAGCAAGCUUCCGCCCCUUCCGAUGGAACAUCCGUAGAUGGGGUUGGCAAAGAUGCUGAUGCAUGUUCCGGGUCCGUGGAGCGGUUGGCUAUGAAGCGCAACUUCAGCCAAUUCUUGAAGACAAAUGUCGAUGCUGAGAGCUUGGAUGCUUGUAUGGCAUCGCGAGCUGACAAUCAGGUCGCAGAUCCAGUAUCUGCCGAUACCCACGAACAGAUGGCUCGCACCAUGCUCCAUGCAAACGCCUUUACUGCCAGCAACUGCAUUCGCCUGUUCGAUGCUUGCCCUAAGGACCGAUCUCUGCGAAGUGUGCAGGACAGCUCCGUUGCAGGGACGCGCAUAAGUUUUGGGUUCUAUGUCCGAGGUGGCAAGGCCAGCGUCUUCAACGCAUGCACGUCGGCGUCGGCCACCUGCCGAUUCUUUACCUCGGUGAUUCGAUUCGUCGACCCCACCCAUGUGUUCGGGGCCUUUCAGAUUCUUUCCGAUGUUCGCUCGGAGAUUCAUCUUGACAAAGCCAACGAAAAGGGAUCGAGGAAUCUUGUCAUCCCUCUCACUUUCUUUGAGCAAGGCCAGAUCUGGAUCAGGGAUGAGGCAGGGCAGCAUGAGAUUAAACACGGUAGCAUGUCCUACUUUGGGAAGUUGCUAGAUGUUAAUGCAGGGCCACUUCGCAUUGACCCAUCAGUGCAUCACGCAGUUCUGCCUUGGGUUGGUCGCAGGGUAGUUUUGGUUGCAUACAUGCCGUCUUUUGCUGAAAGGCUCAGCCGUGGCGACAGGUCUUCUUUGUCUGAGCUUGGAUUUGUUUUCCGACACUUUGCAGGCCCGAGCAGUGGCCCUUUGAAGGACAUUCGCGCUGAACCAGCGGCCUCGGCACAUGAUCGUUCUACCGCUGAGGACUUCUUGAUCUUGGAGCUGUGUGCAGGUCACGCGGUUCUUUCACGAACGGCUGAUUCACUUGGAUUUCGAACUUUAUCGGUCGAUAACAAUCAGUUCCGGUCGCCUGGUAAGCAAGUCUUACGCCUUGACCUGUGUGAUCCAGCCAACAUUGACUAUCUUCUUGAAAUAAUUUCUGCAGAGGAAGGCAAACUAGCCAUGGUCUUCUUGUCUCUGCCCUCGGGCACGGCCAGUGUCUCUCGAGGCAAACAUAUCAAGAAGUGGGAGGAGCAAGGCUAUCAACUGCCUGUUGAGCUACGGAGCUCCACGCAUCCUGACAUGCUACCUGGGCUUUCUCCUCAGGAUCGCAAACGAGUCGAGGAUGCCAAUCAGCUCUACUUUGAGACAGCUCGGUUGGUCUUGGCUUCCGUCGGGCAGGAUGUUUUGACUGUUGUUGAGAAUCCUGACUCUUCCCUGUACUGGGCUACUUCUUUCUUUCAGUCCAUCACUUCGGUGUGUCCGGGGUUCUUCACCCGUUUUCACUUGUGUUGUCAUGGGGGUGCACGCCCUCGCUUGAUCCGCUUGUGGUCGUCCAAGGAUGUCUUCAGUUCGCUUGAGGCUCGUUGCGACAACUCGCUGCUUUCAGCUUUGGCAAAUCACAUCCAGGUCUCCUUGGCAGGUCCGUCGCCGCAGCAAUCCGUCGCAGCAAACGGCACUCAGGUGGAGCUUGUGACGAUUGGCAUUCCGUGUGAACCGUCCGAGUUCAUUCGAAGGGCCUUGAUCACGGGGAGCUCCAACCUGAGGAGGAUAAGCUUCAUUCCGCCAUGCCUGGCUACCUUGCACAGGUUUUGCAAGGCAAACGGCAAACGUCUUCUCCUGUUUAAGGAAAUGAUGCAGGCGGCCGGAUGUAGCGAUGAGCACCUUUUCAGGGACGUUGCAUCUGGCUUUCGUAUAUCCGGCUGGAUGCCGGCCACCGGCAACUCCGGACCUAAGGUCAGAGCACCAAGGAUGUCAGUGGACACCCUCAAAUUGCUUGCCCCUGGAUUGAACAAGACCGUGGUGUCUAAGCUUGCACGGCGCCAGGACUCAGAGCUUGAGGCAUCAGUGUGGCAAGAAACGCAGAAGGAGAUAGACUUAGGUUGGGUUUGGGUUUCGACCGAGAUCUCUCUUUGUAGCAUUGUCAUGCGCUUUGGUAUUGUCCAAAACGGUAAGGUUCGCUUGAUUGAUGACUGUACAAUCUCGUGCCUCAACUUGACGGUUGGGCUUUGCGAAAGGUUCGAGCUACACACUAUUGACAAGCUUGCUGCGAUUCUGUCUUGUGCGCUUGAGAGGACUCCUGCCUCAGGCUUGUCAGGCUGGGUUGGGAGAAAUUAUGAUCUUAAGUCCGCGUACAAGCAGUACGGUGUGCACCCAGUUGAUCGCGCCUUGGUGAGACUGGCAGUCAAUAAACCAGGGGAGGAAGAGCCACUUCUCCUUGGUCUGAACGCACUGCCUUUUGGAUCUGUAGCGUCCGUGAGUGCUUUCCUGCGUGUAUCGUUCGCCAUCUGGAAGAUAGGAGUUGUUCUUGCAAAGAUAGUGUGGACUGCGUAUUUUGACGAUUUUACGAAUGUCUGCAGGAACAUCUUGAAGGACAAUACUGCUUGGGUCAUCGAGUGCUUGUUUGAUCUGUUAGGGGUUCGCUUCGACAGGUCAGGUAAGAAAGCAAUUGACCAUGCAACCUCCUUUGCAACUCUCGGUUUGCAAGUGGACCUUUCAAAUACAGAGGAUCGUGUGAUUCUUGUCGGCCACACCGACAAACGGCGCGACGAGCUAUGCACUGCACUCAACGAAGUUCUUGAACGGGGUGAGAUGGAGCCUAGGCCUUUCGAGAGGCUGAAGGGUCGCAUGGUUUUCUUCGAAGGCUACAGCUUCGGAAGGGUGAGCAACCAAGCUGUCAGGACUUUGUCGAGAGCUUGCAAACACAAGAACUCGGCCGUUCCCUUGAAUGCUCUACACAGGUCUGCAUUGCAAUUCUUGAUCGAGCGAACUAAGUCAGCUGAGCCAUUGAGGGUUCAGCCGUGCCUCCGGGCAACUUGGAUUCUCUUCACGGACGGAGCUUGUGAGGCUGAGAAAUCUUGGGGUGGCAUCGGAGGUGUCCUCUUUGCCCCGAAUGGCAGCUGUGCUGGCUACUUCGGUGAGUCGGUCCCAGACGAGCUCAUGAAACAACUCCUGUCCUUUUCGACGAAUCCAAUCUUCGAGCUUGAGAUUGCUCCAAUCUUGAUUGCAUAUGAACUGUGGAAGGGUCUUAUCCAGGGAGCACAACUUGUGUGUUAUCUUGAUAACGAGGGAGCGCGCUACUCUUGCAUCCGUUGCUUUGCAGAUACCUCGAGUGUCGCUGACGAUUGGGUGCGAGGCAUCCUUCAUCUUGAAUCCCAAGCGCGUGUGAACGUGUGGUACGGUGCAGAGGCUUUGCAGGUACAGGUCGCGUCCGACCUGGGCCACUCUCCUUUCAAGAAGGGGGUGACUCCAGGGAUCGCGGCAUCCCCCAGUGCGGAAAACGAAGACCUGUUUUGCCUCUGCUUGAUUUGA